GCAUGCUGUAUACGCGAAAGGAGAAAAGCAUGCUGCUUGAUGUUUGUAUAAAUAUAUUCAUAUAUUAUGAUGUAUUAAGGUUUUAACAAGAAAAAUAAUUAUUGUAGAGAAAUCUUAAAUUAAAAAGAAACAAAUCAUGUCAAAAGAAUGUGUACUUUCAAAAUUAUUUAUUUCUUGUCAGAAACACGGAUAUCUUACACCUAUGUUAUCAAAUAAAAAUAUUUUAGGCUUUUCUUAUGGUCCGUUGGGAACAGAACUGUAUAGGAAUAUUGUUCACGAAUGGUGGAAUUCAGCUGUGAGAUUUGCAAAUAUACCCGUAUUUCCAUCGUCAUUGUCAAUUAAGGAACAGGCAAAUUUUUCUUCUUUAGUUUAUGAUACAUUACAGCAAUAUUACAAACAAACUUUGGAAUGGGUAGGCGGAAAAGUUCCCUUCGGAAUUGCAAAUAUCAGAGAUUAUGUAAAUACAUCCAAGAUUCCCAACGAAAAUGCUAUUAUCGAUUAUGAAGAAAAAGAAAUAGUUAAAGCAUGGACACCACAAAAAUGGACUAGUUUAAAUUUAUUUUACAUUUGUUCACCUAAAAAACCUUUUAUAUGGUUGGAUCAUUGGCAUAAACAUCGUCUUAACUGGUGGAGAAAGUUUAUAGGUUGUCCUUCCGAUCUACUUGUGACAGAUAUUUCCCAGAAGGAAGAGAAUAAACAUGAAUUAGAUAUUCAGUAUAAAUUUCCGUGGGGAAUAGAAACUGUAGAGAAAUUAACAAAUUUAGGAAGUUCCCCAAUGAAUUUACUGAAAGAUAAAAUGGGAAUUGAUUGUAAUGUUAAAGAUGGAAGAAAAAUCAUUGUUCCACAUAUGAUCACUUGCGAAUCUUCUCUUGAUUUAGCUGUGAUGAUGUAUCUUUUGGAUGCUUUUCAAGAAAAGGAAAGGAUGGAUAAAAAAAGACAGGUUAUGAAAUUGCAUUUUAAAUUAGUUCCUUAUAAAGUAGUCAUUGCCAGUCCUGCCAGUGUGGGGAAUGCCACUAAAGUUCAAGAUCUGACAGAUUACAUCACAAUGGAAUUAAAGAAAGGUGGCAUAACUGUGUUUCCUAAUCCUGACCUUAAUACUCCUGCAUCUUUAGAAUUUCAGUUUGCUAGAUUUGACGAAAUGGGAAUCCAAUAUUCUGUAAUCAUCAACGAUAAUACACUUAAAACAGGAAUUAUUGGUUUGAGAAAUCGUGAUACUAAUUUAAAAGAGCAAGUUCAUGUGACAGAAUUAAAGGAUUCUUUGAUGCUAUACCUUAACAUAAGAUAUUUAAAUAAUUUUUUUCCAAUAAGCCAAUUAUGCAUUUGUCCAGGUGCACAGUGGGGUGGCCAGGUGGUGGUGAGAGAUGACAUGACAUAUCUGGAUAGACCACCUCUGAAAAUUUUUGGUUUUUCUCAAGUGAUUUUUCAAGGCAUGUCUUUUGUCCAGUGACAGUGUAAUAAUAAGUUUUGUUUACAGUGUAAUAACUCUAGCAAUAAAGAAAGGUCAAUGUAGUGUUCACAAGUAUAUAUGAAGACUAGACAAGAAGCAUAUCAUAGUAAAAUUAUCAAUAAAUUCUCUUGUAGGAAUUAAAUAAUAAUUUUUAAAUUAGUAGUAGUUACAGAAAGUAUUCUCCUCUUUUUAGAAUUACUUGAACUAAGUGAAACAUAUGUUCAAGUUCAAAUGAUUCUGAAGAUAAGAAUUAUUCUAAAAAGUAACAAUGAGACAAUUCAUUAGAAAAAUAAAGUUGUAUAUCAGUUUAUUUUUGUAAUUAUUUUGUA